CAAUCAGGAUCUGUUUGGCUGAACAAACAAGAAGUGCAACAUACGUUGCUCCAGAGGAGCUCUUGGACUAUGCCCUCAGAGCGAUGCUCUUUCUCCUCUCAUCAGACCAUCUGAGCAAUGCCUUUCCUCCCUUACCACUCCUACCUUGGGUCUUACAAAGUCACAACAGGGUACAAUUCAUCCCCAUUUCCCCCCAGUUGGCUCCCAGAUCUCCUACAAUAGUCAUCUCGUUCUCUACUCAUCAGCCAGACCUUCCCUGAUCUCUUGAUCCAGGAGAAGCGCAGGAUCAAGCAUCCCAACCUCAAAGCGUUUCAUCUCAUGGCUUGGAUUUUUGGAUGGGCAUCAACAUUAGAACAUUCCUGAUCAGAAGCUGGACAAACCACCCUUAAUAAUAGCAGAAACGGCUCCACUAGGAAAUGCUAUUUAGCCAAAUGAAGCAUUUUUCCGUCUGGGCACAACAGAAACAUCUCCUGAGUCAGCAGAUAUUCCCCUAUUUUGGACUAUCUUCUUUCUCUCUCAACAGCUGGGCUAUCCCUCGGUUCUAUACGAGUCCACCUGGCAGCAAUCAGUGCAUGCCACCCACCGUCAGGUGAUUAUUCAAUUUUCAUUCACUCAUUGGCUAGCAGACUCUUAAAGGGCCUAAUCAGAAUCUUCCUGCCAGUAAGAAAACCUACUCUUCAUUGGGAUGUAAGCCUUUUAUUUAUGGUACUCACUAAGCCUCCUUUUGAGCCGUUAUCUACCUGUUCAUGUCUAACCUAUCAACGAAACUAUCAAUGAGAGUUGCAUUCCUUGUGGCCAUCACCUCAGCCGGAAGGUGGGUGAGCUGGGAGCCCUACUGGUGGGUGUGCUACACACUAUAUUUGAUAAGGACCAAGUCUCUUUACAACUACAUCCAAAGUUCCUCCCCCAAAGUAGUUUCGGAGUUUCACACGAACCAAUCAGUCCACGUAUCUGUUUUUUCUGAAUCUCCGUGCAUCUGAAGAGCAGCAGAGACUUCAUUCUCUGUGUGUGAGACCAGCUUUUGCCUUCUAUUUGCAAAGAACAGAACAAAUUAGAAAAUGACCUACAUUGUUUCUUGUUAUCGCAGAAUGAGUCUGAGGUCAAGCUGUAUCCUCCCAGGGGAUCCUUGAGUUGAUUUCAGGCUGUAUUCUGUUGUUACUAGUUGCAUCUUCCUCCUCAUCGUGGGGUGAGAAUUCAUUCUACAAAAGCAACUGCAGUGGCAUUGCUUCAGGAAGUGCCCUUACUUGACAUUUGCAAAUCAGCUCCUUGGCGGUCCAUCCAUACGUUUGUGAGGCCCGAUGCUCUAGUGCAGAACUCCCCACUGACGCUUCCUUUGGGACAGCAGUUCUCCAAGCCGCUCUGCUGCCUGCAUCUUCACACUCUCUCCCUACCUGAGUACUGUUUGUCAGCCACCCACAGUGGAAUGCACAUAGGGACCAGCACUCAAAGGAGGUUACUUACCUUAUAGUAACUGGCGGUUCUUCAAGAUGUGUGGUCCAUAUCUAUUCUAUCCGCCCUCCCCCCCCUUUGCUUUGGCUCUUUGCUAGAUUUGUCGUAGAAAAAGAACUGGAGAGGCAGUCAGACUGCGCCGCCCUUUAUGCCUUUGGUUGGAAGCGCGAGGAAGGCUAGGGCAUGGGCAAGGAUCAAUGGACACUGCUGGCAAGAAUUUGCCAACUCCAGGUGUAUGGCACGCAUGCAUACCCACCGUGGAAUACUGAUAUGGACCCCACAUCUCCGAGCGCCUCCAGUUACUGUAAGGUAAGUAACCUCUUUUGUCCCAAGGCACAUUGCUUGCAAAAGCCCUUUGCGGGGGGGUGUGGGGUGUUGUGUGUUUUGCUGCGCACCCACAAAUCCCACUGGAGUAAAUGGGAGCUGUGGGUACGGAGAACCUCUGAAAAUCAGUCCACUUCUCUUACGUGACUUCACUUUUGGCAGUGAAGUUAAAAUAAAUUCUGGCCUUUGCCUUUAAAAUACCACUCAUUUUUGCAUAAGUUAAGAGGUGUUAUCUUGAGGAUGCAUUAUGCUGUCAGCCUUCCCAUGUAAAAUGCAGAAUCAUCUCAGAGUCCUCACUUGUCUGCUAGAUGCUUACUGGACGCCUCUAGGCUGCUUUGCCUCUACGGCACUUCAGCAAGGAUGUUGGUUUUUCGUUUAGCUGUAAUCAUCCAUCUUUUCCUUCAGCUGAAUGCAUCUGUUUGCCCUGAGAAAUGCGAGUGUAUUCUGAAAGAUGCCAUCCGUUGCUCUGGUUCCAGUAUCAAAGACCUAGCAUCGUUAGGUCUGCCUACCAACAUGACACAAAUUCUGAUAACAAAUACUAAGGCAACCGACUUGAAGGACAAAGUCUUUUCGGGAAUGACAGUGCUCCAGCGUCUCAUUCUGUCUUCAAACGAGCUUUCCCUCAUUUUGCCAGGAGCUUUUAAAGGCUUAGUAAAGCUAAAGACCCUCAAACUGUUUGACAACAAGUUGACUCAGCUUCCCACGGGAGUGUUCGAUGAAGUGGUGGCCCUUCAGCAGUUGAUCCUUGAAAAGAAUUUGCUGACGGAUAUUGAGCCCAGGCUGUUUGACAAACUAGUCAACUUGCAGGAGCUGUUUUUGAACAAAAACCAUCUGACAGAGCUUCCUGAUGGAGUACUAAGAAACCUCGCCAAGCUUAAACUACUGAACUUAUCCAGAAACUAUUUGGCAGCCUUGCCUAGAAAUAUAUUUAGCACGUUAACCAAACUUGAGAAGCUCUCUCUGUAUAUGAACAGGCUCAGUUCAAUAGACUCUGGUGUGUUUGAUAACCUGAGAGAGCUGCAGGAGCUUCGUCUGCGUUCAAAUGACAUUCAGUCCAUUGCCCCGGAUGCAUUUCGCAAUCUCCUUAAACUAAAUAGUUUAACGCUCUCUCGAAAUAAACUGCAGCGGUUACCUCAUGGGCUCUUUCUGCAUUUGCACAAUUUGACUGAAUUGACCUUGUAUGGGAAUCCACUGGGAUCCCUUCCAGAAAUAUUGUUUGGAGAAAUUAGAACUCUCCGGAGUCUGUGGGUAUAUGACACCAAACUCUCAACUGUGCCAGAUUUUGUGUUUGGUAAUUUGACAAAUUUAGAGCUACUUGUGCUGACUUUCAAUCCCGAGUUAAGUGUUCUCCCAGGGAACGUGUUCAGUGGUCUAAAUGAACUUCUGAGUUUGUCUUUGCAUACAAAUAAUCUCUCUAGUCUCCCAGAGGGCAUUUUCCAGGGUCUGCAGAAACUUCAGGAGAUUUCCCUUUUCAAUAACAGGAUUGAGGUUCUGCCUAAAAACCUCUUUUAUAAUCUCAGUAAUCUCCAGGCAAUUUACCUAAAUUGUACCAGCCUGCAGUCUCUUCCUGGAGAAUUCUUUACCUCGUUACCCAAGCUGCAAGAGGUCGUGCUUGACAACAAUCCUUGGAAAUGUGAUUGUCAAAUCGCUGAAUUCAAAGGGUGGCUCCAGAGGAAUUUAGACAUAGUAAAAAAUGUCACGUCUCUAACUUGUGACAGUCCCAUAGCAUUAAGGAAUAUUUCUCUCUUGUCUCUACCAGAUGAUCAUUUUCACUGCCCCUCUACCACAGUCCUUCCACACCACACAUCUGAGAGCUCCACUCGUUCCCACACAGCAUCUUUUCUUGUCACUGAACACUUGCCUUUCACUUGGAAGACCCUCACAGCUCCUGUGCCCGUGAUACAUACGAAUACCCCCUUGCUGCCUCCAUCUGCAACUCCAUAUUUUAUUGACUCCAUCACUGAAGACGUUGAGCCGGCUGAAUUUCACCCCACAGAAAUUCCAAGCCAAAUUCCCACUGGCAUAAUGAGAGAAAUCAACAGAGUAAGAGAAAUUGUCUCAACCACUGCCGCACCGGUCAGUGGAUCACAAGACCGUCUAAGUGCGCGGCCAUUUUUUAAAUGUAACGUUCCAUAUAGUCAAAUAUUUUUGUAUCUCUAUGUUUUGGCUGUAACAGUGCAAGUUUUAACUGUUGUGACCACUUUCUAUGUGGUGUAUGAAGUCAGGCAGCUUGUGCACUGUAGCAAUAGCCCUGCUCAAUCGGUUGUACUGGUGAGAAUUUUACACAGGGUUAGGAAUGCAGAUUAGGAGCUCGGCACUAAUGUAACAGAGGAUUAGUUGCAUUACUGGGCACAGGCCUCGUAUUUCGGACAUUACAGAUCUUGCAUAGCGAGCACUGUAAACAGAAGACUGUGUUUGUCUCUCAGCUGCACAGCAUUGUAUAUUGAAAAUGUACUUGAUCUACUGUGUAUUUUAUAGCAUUUACCUGUAAUAAUAACCCCAGCUUCAGCCAGUUUUCUAACUUUUGAAGUGCCGAUAAGCAGUGGCAAACAAACUAGUUGUAGAGAUUAUGUAUAGCGUUUGGCCAUCAUGCUUACCUACUAAUACUGCUGGAGAGAAACAGACUAAUGUAAUCAUAAGGAUUUUUCAAUUUGUGCAUUUUGAAUAGCUUUUGGUUUCAGCUGUUUGAAGGAUAUUUCUGUACCUCAAUUAUAUGUAUUGUUUUGUUGGUUUUAAAAGAGAGGCUCCAGAUCAAACAGAAGUUAUGGGCUCGAAGUAGGAAUGGCUGGGUGAGGUUCUUGACCUGUGUGAUGCAGACAUGCUAGAAGUUGGGUGAUGGGGAUGCGGCAGCACCUCAUGGCUUGCAGAAAUAAUAGCAACUAAUGUGUGGUUUCCAUCACAGACAGUUUGGUUCAAUGGCUCUCAGCACCCCCACUAUACAAUUGUUCCCCCAGCCCUGGCAGGAGGUCAGACUAGAUUAUCAUAAUGGCCCUGCCUGGCCUUCAAAUUGUGUGUGUUUGGAAAGGACUAAACUGCACUGUUAGAAAAUCCGUCUUGCAAAUGGCACCUUGGAUUAUUGGUGUUCAUCGCUUCUACAGGGUGUUCACUUUUUGGACAUUAAUCUGCUUGGACAAUGGAAAAUAAACGAGUCACUUUC